UGCGAAGAUGCCGAAUCACGCGUCGCUUUUCGUUUAAUAAAUCAACACCUCGUUGAGGAUUCAAUUAGGCUGAUGUCAAUGUGCCCGACUAUGGAUUUACUCGCCGUUUGCACCGAGUCGGGAUGUGUGUGGGUAGCGAGGUGGUAUAAUGCCUUGGAGAAAAUUUGGACUUUACCACCUAGUCAAGACGGUGAAGAAACCGUUGAAGUUUUCACUUGGAGACCCGAUGGAAAAGUUAUUGCUAUCGGGUAUUCAAACGGAAUAAUACGACUUUAUAAUGUGGAUAAAUUGGAAAUGAUUCAUGAAUUAUUCCAAAAACCACUUAAAUCACCGUCAUCAAAAUCAUUUGCAAUAAACUUUCUUUUUUGGGUACAGGAAACCAAAAAAGAUUCUGAAAUUAUAAAUGAUGCGACAAAUGACUUUUCAAUGAGUGCCCACCCUGUUCAGAAAUAUUUGCCUCGACUAAACACUAUGCCAAAUGCCAAGCCAAUUAGCAAACUCUUAGGUGAUUUAAAUGAAUCCGACGAAGACGAUUUAGAUGAUCGGUCGUCCAGUUCAAUUGAUCUGCUUUUAGCAGGUGAUACCGGAGGAAAUUUACAUUUGAGAUGGAUCUUCUUUUCUCUUUUAUUCUCAUCUGUUACGCCAGAUCUUUCUCUCAUGACUUUGUUAAUACGGACUGACGAUUGUUCUACUUCCUCUGCAAGCACUGGUUUCCAUAAAGAUCGUUUAUUUUUUGUCACGUUCAAUACGGGCUUAUUAUACACGCAAAAAUUUGAAAUUCGUACUUUAUCUCAAAGAUACACUGCAAUUAAAUAUUUGACUGAUUAUAUAUUCAAAGGAAUCAAACAAAUUGAAUCAGAAUAUCAAGAUCUGAAAUUUUUGACAAAUAAAUUUGUUGAAUCCUUUCAAGAGGAAGCAAAAUCAAAAUUAUCAGCAGAGUUUGUCCGAUUGUUAGCUACUGGGAAACCAAGUGCUUUAUUAGACGAAUACAUGGAAUCGCAUCUUACAAAACGGGCAUUGAAAGAUUGGGAAAGCAAGGGCCAGAAAACAUUUGAUAGAAUUAGAGAAUAUAUUAAUCAUUAUGUGCGUAUAGGGUGUGAAAGAUUAAUUAUAGAAUUAAAUGCGUUAGCUGGAUAUAGUAAAUGGCCUCAAAAAUUUCAAAAGCUUGGACUCAAUGAGUCAUUUAUACAUUCAUGUGUGAUCUUGGCUGGAUGUAUAAUUUCGCGAUUGGAAAAAGUAAAUUCAAUUAUUGAUGAAGAAUACAUAAAUUUUCUAGAAUUUCAUCAAUGGCUCCAAUUUGCUUCACCUCGAGUAGAUGUUCACAAAGUCUCUUCAUAUAUAAAAAAUUCACUUGGCAAAGAUUUCUUAAAUAAUUUAGAAAAGUUUUUCGUGGAUGACCAACAAUCUUCAACUAUAUCAUUACCUACUUUUGAAUUUCCAUUUUCAUGUAACUCCUUAGAUAAUUGUGACCUUUUUCAACAUAAUUCAUCCCAAAGUAACGAGUUGCCAGCAUAUCCAUAUGAUUUUCUUUCAUCCAACAAUUCAUUUCAACGUGCUCCAAGUUUUGAAUCUUUUGUUACCGAAUUAAUUAAUCGAUGCGACAUCCUAUCAUCUACAACUGCUGAUAAUGUUGCAAAAUCCGUUAAGGCACAUGAACUCGUGGAUAUAGUCGAAGGCAUUAAUUAUUGUAUUGAAAAUAUACUUUUGGCAGAUAUGAAAAUCGUAACUGAGGGUUUGGCGACAAGCGCAUAUGUAAUAUUUUAUUUAUCACAAGAUCGUAACGUUUCUCCAACAUUGUGGGUCCUCCGAUUUCCUCUGCAUGCAAAGACUUCCAAAAGUUAUACACCAUCUUUAAAAUUUGCAGAUAACUUCUCUAGAAGCAAAAAUGGCGAGAUUGCUUGUAUCCAGUUAGUGAAUAAUGAACAUCCUGAAGAAAACUUGUCGAUUACAGAUCUAAACCUUUAUGAUGAUGAAAAGUUAUAUAUGACUGUUGUUGGUUCAGAUAACGAUGAGCCAAUUCUCUUAUCGGAAGUGAAAUAUACAGAAUUGAAUUUUAUAUCAAUUCCAGAGCCAUAUGACCUACAAUCUACAAAUGAAUUCAAGUUGCCGAAUGUUAUUAAUCAAGUGCUGGAUCGAAUGGUAUGA